UCGCCUCCAUGAAGACCGCACAGAACAGCUUUCGGGCCGGGUCUGGAUCUGAGCUCAGGAACGCGGGGCAGGGCUGGGGACAGCUCAGCGGUGCGACCCACGGACUCAAAUUGGACGCCGGCCGGAGACUCAGCUCCGAUAGCAAACCCCACGUGGUGUGCCUCCGAGCCUCCGCCCCUCUCCCGAGGCUACGGCAAGUCUACUUCUCGCGAGAAUUGCUUCUGUGGCUCCAGCCUGCUUUCCGGCUGUCGCCCUCCUGCGAUAGGUUCUCAGCGUUACUUGCCUCGUCUCGCGAUAAUUUAAAAAAAAAAAAAAAAAAUCUCCCGAGGAAAGUUGAAGGAAGACUACAAAAUUUUCAUCUCGCGAGACUUGUGAGCGGCCAUCUUGCUCCUGCCCUGACAGAUUCUCCUGUCGGGGUCACAGGGACUCUAAGAUUGCUACCUGCACCUUCGCUGACCAUGCUGUCCCGGGUGGUACUUUCCGCCGCCGCCACAGCGGCCCCGUCUCUGAAGAAUGCAGCCUUCCUAGGUCCAGGAGUAUUGCAGGCAACAAGGACCUUCCAUACAGGGCAGCCACACCUUGCCCCUGUACCACCUCUUCCUGAAUAUGGAGGAAAAGUUCGUUAUGGACUGAUCCCUGAGGAAUUCUUCCAGUUUCUUUAUCCUAAAACUGGUGUAACAGGACCCUAUGUGCUCGGAACUGGGCUUAUCUUGUAUGCUUUAUCCAAAGAAAUAUAUGUGAUUACCGCAGAGACCUUCACUGCCAUGUCAUUAAUAGGGAUAAUGGUCUAUGGAAUUAAAAAAUAUGGUCCCGCUGUUGCAGCAUAUGCUGAUAAAAUCAAUGAGCAAAAACUUGCCCAACUAGAAGAGGCGAAGCAGGCUUCCAUCCAGCAAUUCCAGAAUGCAAUUGAUAUGGAGAAGUCACAGCAGGCACUGACUCAGAAGCGCCAUUACCUUUUUGAUGUGCAAAGGAAUAACAUUGCUAUGACUUUGGAGGUUACUUACCGGGAACGACUAUAUAGAGUAUAUAAGGAAGUAAAAAAUCGCCUGGACUAUCAUAUAGCUGUGCAGAACAUGACGCGUCGAAAGGAACAAGAGCACAUGAUAAAUUGGGUGGAAAAGCACGUGGUGCAAAGCAUCUCCGCAGAGCAGGAAAAGGAGACAGUUGCCAAGUGCAUUGCGGACCUAAAGCUGCUGGCAAAGAAGGCUCAAGCACAGCCGGUUAUGUAAAUGAAUCUAUCCCAAUUGAGACAGCUAGAAACAGUUGACAGACUAAAUGGAAACUAGUCUAUUUGACGAAAUCUUUCUGUAUUGAUGUCUACUGAAGUUAUAGUUUACCCUUCCUAAAAUUGAAAAGUUUGUUUCAUAUAGUAAGAGAACAAAAUCUCUAUAGGCCAGUCAAAUGUUUCUCAUCCUUCUUACUCUGCCUUUGAGUUGUUCCAUGAUCACUUCUGAAUAAGCAGUUUGUCUUUAUAAAAACUUGCGGCCUGGCUAAAGAUUACCAGAUUAUAGUUUAAAUUUGCAAUUAAUUCUACCAUCUUGCAAUAAAGUGACAAUUGAAUGAAACAAGGUUUUUCAAGUUUUAUAAUUCUCUGAAAUACUCAGCUUUUGUCAUCGGGGUAAAAAUUAAAGAUGUUGAACU